AUGAAGCACAAGAGAAUGAUGUUGCCUCACUAUGUGCGUGUGUAUGUAUGUGUGCGUACGGACGGAGAAAACGAAAAAGCAGGACAAAGCGAGGAAUACGACGAUGACGAUAAAGAGGAAAAUAAGAAGCGCAGACGAAACAACGGCCGCCGGGGGCCACCCGAGAAAAAGAAGUCCAGAAGGGGCGGCGAAGAGCAGACGCAGAGAAUCAUCUAA